GGAGCUGCGGGCCCGGCGCUCUCAGAAACAUGCUGAAGUCCCGGCGGCUCUUCCAGCAGCGACAGCGGCUCCAGCAGCAGCGGCGGCGGCGGCGGCGGCGGCAGCGACAGCGCUCGGCUCCGGCGGGAAAGGCGCCCGGCGCCCAUGCCUCCGGCCCCGCGCCGCGGCUGCCCUGACCCGGCCGCGACCUCCCUCUGCGCACCCCGCCGCCCGGGCUUCUGGGGUGUUCCCCAACCACGGCCCAGCCCUGCCACACCCCCCGCCCCCGGCCUCCGCAGCUCGGCAUGGGCGCGGGGGCGCUCGUCCUGGGCGCCUCCGAGCCCGGUAACCUGUCGUCGGCCGCACCGCUCCCCGACGGCGCGGCCACCGCGGCGCGGCUGCUGGUGCCCGCGUCGCCGCCCGCCUCGUUGCUGCCUCCCGCCGGCGAAGGCCCCGAGCCGCUGUCGCAGCAGUGGACAGCGGGCAUGGGUCUGCUGAUGGCGCUCAUCGUGCUGCUCAUCGUGGCGGGCAACGUGCUGGUGAUCGUGGCCAUCGCCAAGACGCCGCGGCUGCAGACGCUCACCAACCUCUUCAUCAUGUCCCUGGCCAGCGCCGACCUGGUCAUGGGGCUGCUGGUGGUGCCGUUCGGGGCCACCAUCGUGGUAUGGGGCCGCUGGGAGUACGGCUCCUUCUUCUGCGAGCUGUGGACCUCGGUGGACGUGCUGUGCGUGACGGCCAGCAUCGAGACCCUGUGUGUCAUUGCCCUGGACCGCUACCUCGCCAUCACCUCGCCCUUCCGCUACCAGAGCCUGCUGACGCGCGCGCGGGCGCGGGGCCUCGUGUGCACCGUGUGGGCCAUCUCGGCCCUGGUGUCGUUCCUGCCCAUUCUCAUGCACUGGUGGCGGGCGGAGAGCGACGAGGCGCGCCGCUGCUACAACGACCCCAAGUGCUGCGACUUCGUCACCAACCGGGCCUACGCCAUCGCCUCGUCCGUGGUCUCCUUCUACGUGCCCCUGUGCAUCAUGGCCUUCGUGUACCUGCGGGUGUUCCGCGAGGCCCAGAAGCAGGUGAAGAAGAUCGACAGCUGCGAGCGCCGUUUCCUCGGCGGCCCCGCGCGGCCGCCCUCGCCCUCGCCGGUCCCCGCGCCCGCGCCGCCACCCGGACCCCAGCGCCCCACCGCCGCCGCCGCCACAGCCCCGCUGGCCAACGGGCGUGCGGGUAAGCGGCGGCCCUCGCGCCUCGUGGCCCUGCGCGAGCAGAAGGCGCUCAAGACGCUGGGCAUCAUCAUGGGCGUCUUCACGCUCUGCUGGCUGCCCUUCUUCCUGGCCAACGUGGUGAAGGCCUUCCACCGCGAGCUGGUGCCGGACCGCCUCUUCGUCUUCUUCAACUGGCUGGGCUACGCCAACUCGGCCUUCAACCCCAUCAUCUACUGCCGCAGCCCGGACUUCCGCAAGGCCUUCCAGCGACUGCUCUGCUGGGCGCGCAGGGCUGCCCGCCGGCGCCACGCGACCCACGGAGACCGGCCGCGCGCCUCGGGCUGUCUGGCCCGGCCCGGACCCCCGCCGUCGCCUGGGGCCGCCUCGGACGACGACGACGACGAUGUCGUCGGGGCCACGCCGCCCGCGCGCCUGCUGGAGCCCUGGGCCGGCUGCAACGGCGGGGCGGCGGCGGACAGCGACUCGAGCCUGGACGAGCCGUGCCGCCCCGGCUUCGCCUCGGAAUCCAAGGUGUAGGGCCCGGCGCGGGGCGCGGACGCCGGGCACGGCUUCCCAGGGGAACGAGGAGAUCUGUGUUUACUCAAGACCGAAAGCAGGUGAACUCGAAGCCCACAAUCCUCGUCUGAAUCAUCCGAGGCAAACAGAAAAGCCACGGACCGUUGCACAAAAAGGAAAGUUUGGGGAGGGAUGGGAGAGUGGCUUGCUGAUGUUCCUUGUUUUUUUUCUUUUCUUUCUUCUUUCUUUCUUUUUCUUUUUUUUUUUUAUUUUUAUUUUUCUGUUUGUGGUCCGGCCUUCUUUUGUGUGUGCGUCUGAUGCAUCUUUAGAUUUUUUCCCCCCACCAUGUGGUUUUUGACACUCUCAGCGAGGACCGGAGUGGAAGACGGGUGGGUUAGGGGAAGGGAGAAGCAUUAGGAGGGGAUUAAAAUCGAUCAACGUGGCUCCCAUCCCUUUCCCGGGAACAGGAACACUCUACCAGCCAGAGAGAGGAGAAUGACAAUUUGUCAAGACAUAUUUCCUUUUGCUUUCCAGAGAAAUUUCAUUUUCAUUUCUAAGUAAUGAUUUCUGCUGUUAUGAAAGCAAAGAGAAAGGAUGGAGGCAAAAUAAAAAAAAAAAUCACGUUUCAAGAAAUGUUAAGCUCUUCUUGGAACAAGCUCCACCUUGCUUUCCUUGUGUAGGGCAAACCCGCUGUCCCCCGCGCGCCUGGGUGGUCAGGCUGAGGGAUUUCUACCUCACACUGUGCAUUUGCACAGCAGAUAGAAAGACUUGUUUAUAUUAAACAGCUUAUUUAUGUAUCAAUAUUAGUUGGAAGGACCAGGCGCAGAGCCUCUCUCUGUGACAUGUGACUCUGUCAAUUGAAGACAGGACAUUAAAAGAGAGAGAGAGAAAUAGUUCAGAUUACUGCACAUGUGGAUAGAAACAAAAACAAAAAAAAGGAGUGGUUCAAAAUGCCAUUUUUGCAGUGUUAGGAAUUACAAAAUCCACAGAAGAUGUUACUUGCACAAAAAGAAAUUAAAUAUUUUUUAAAGGGAGAGGGGCUGGGCAGAUCUUAAAUAAAAUUCAAACUCUACUUCUGUUGUCUAGUAUGUUAUUGAGCUAAUGAUUUAUUGGGAAAAUACCUUUUUAUACUCCUUUAUCAUGGUACUGUAACUGUAUCCAUAUUAUAAAUAUAAUUAUCUUAAGGAUUUUUUAUUUUUUUUUAUGUCCAAGUGCCCACGUGAAUUUGCUGGUGAAAGUUAGCACUUGUGUGUAAAUCCUACUUCCUCUUGUGUGUUUUACCAAGUAUUUAUACUCUGGUGCAACUAACUACUGUGUGAGGAAUUGGUCCAUGUGCAAUAAAUACCAAUGAAGCACAAUCAAGAUUAUGUGCUGUGUGUCUGUAAAGGGUCAGUGAUAAUGAAAAAGACAGCUUGUUUUGUUCAAAAUAUAGACUGGAUUUCCCAUAGAGCUCUUUUAAUAGGUUUCCAUGACUCAAUAACAUAGCAAAAUGCCUCCAGACCUAAAUAAGGUGUUUACCUACUGAGAGCUACAGAUUUGCCCUAAAUUUUCACAGCCGGAUUCAAGGUGUUCUAGACUACUUGUAGGCAGAUCCCAUCUGCUGCACUUGACUUAAGAAGUGACCUUUGUGAUUGCAUAUCUCCUAAAAAAAAAAAAAAAAAAAAAAAAAGUGAUGCGGUCAUUUAACUCAGCUGCAACUUUUCAUGGAAAUGCAGGAAAGACUAACUCAUUGAAUGAUCAGUUGCCUACUUGGAAUGCAAUAAGUGGCUUCCACAGCUUAUUUUUGUUUUCCAAUAGAAAAUCACAGCCUGCAGAUGAUCAGUUUGUGCAGAUUUCUCCAGAGGCUGUUUAGAAUGAAAAAUGCUUUCAUGGUUAAGCAAGAAUGUAUAAAAGGGCUUCUGAAGUAAAUUUUUUUCUCUUAUGUAGUUAAAUAGAUCAUUUUGCCAGAAGUUCUGGGUGGACAGAUCAUAGGCAAAAGCAAGUGUGAAAGGAUUUAAGUUUCUAACAAAAUUACAGCACCCAAAGGAUGGGGUAUUUUUCAUAAAGUUAUUUCCUAAAGGAAGGGAUAGUGCAAUUCUGUCCUGAGAUUAAUUUUACAUUCUCCAAAAUACACUUAAAGUACUUACUAUAUUUUUAAAUAAGCUUUUUAUUUCAUGACCAUACAGUAAAGAAACCAAAGUAAAGAAUAUUAACUUCUGGCUUAUGCUACACUUUAAAUGAGCAGAGUAUUGUUUAACAGGGAAAAGUUGAGACUGAAUAUUCUUUUUUGCAAUGGCAUAUUCUAAAGACAAGGCAACCGUCUUCUGAGAAAGUUAAUGACGUAGAUGUUUUAGAGACCAGCAGAAGGUUGC